UUGCUCUGGAAUUGUAGGUUGUUGGAAAAGUUCUUCCAGGACUCAAUGGCAAACUCACUGGGAUGGCUUUCCGUGUCCCAACCUCAAAUGUUUCGGUUGUGGACUUAACUUGUCGACUUGAGAAAACUGCUUCAUAUGAGGAUGUGAAAGCAACGAUAAAGCAGGCAUCGGAGGGACCAUUGAAAGGCAUUCUUGGAUAUACAGAUGAAGAUGUUGUUUCUAAUGAUUUCGUUGGUGACUGUAGGUCAAGUAUAUUUGAUGCAAAGGCUGGAAUUGGACUAAGUUCCUCCUUCAUGAAGCUUGUUUCUUGGUAUGACAAUGAAUGGGGUUACAGUAACCGAGUGUUGGACCUGAUUGAGCACAUGGCAUUGGUAGCUGCUCAGAACUGAAUGAGGUGUUUGGGCCACAGAUUUUAGGUUCAUUACCAGUUAUGGUUAAUGCUGCAGCUACAGCUACAGCUACUGCUACUGCUACUGCUGCUGAGAUUUUAGUGGGGCCUAUCUAUUGUUGGAAGAGAUUGGUGAAUUAUAGAUUUUAAUAGAGACAACAGUUUUGGACGGUCGAGUUUUUUGAUGGAAGUUUUUUUUGGAGGGUUGAAUUGAAUAGCUGUUUAUUACCUAAGGAGUUUGAGGGAGUAACUAUGGCUAAUGAGAAAACCAGAAAUAUAGCAGAUGAGACGUCAAAAAAGAUCUGUCUCAAAUUCUUGACUUAAAUAAUGCAAUUUCUUCAAUGUAAGAGUUCAAUUCAAGCAGAUGUAUUCGAGUGUUUUUAAUUCUCUA